CGUGUAAUUUUCGUUUCGUAAAAAUUGUUAUAAAUACGCAAACAUUUCUUUUUCGAAAAAAAAAAAUUUAAAUUCAAAUUUAUAAAAAAAAAUUCCAAAAAAUUCCAAAAAUUCCAAAAAUUUCGAAAAAACUAAAAAACUUUAAUAAACAUGCGUUCAUCAUCAACUCUUGCUUUCCUCGCUGUCCUUUUCAUCGCAUUUACUUUGACUCUUGCUGAAGAAACUCAACAAUUGGAACCCACUUCAAUGUAUAAACGUCAAUAUGGCAGCAGUUAUAGUUCCUCUUCUUCGACAAUUGAAUUGUCAUUCAUAAGUUUUGCCAUUAUGUUAUUCACAUCUUUAUUCGCUUUCUAAUUUUUUUUGCGAAUAAAAUUUUUUUAAGAAUAAUUUAUUUUAAUCAUUUUAGAAAAAAUUUUGUAACACAAAGAAAUAUAUAUUGUUCUUUAUUUAGAUGUAUAAACGAUCAAAUUUAUAAUAAUUUUAAUAAUUUUAUCAAAUUAUCCUAAUUUAUAUUUUUCUCUACUUUUUCUUUAUUUUUUUAUUUUUUUCUUGCUAGUAAAGAAAAUAUUAAAUAAA